AUGCAGGCGCGAAAGGAAUGCUUUGAAAUUGACGAUCAUACCUAUUUUAUCAUCAUUAAAUCACACACGACACCGCCGACGGACCCGAAAGAGGUCCAGGGGCUUACUACGUUCGGGUCAGUCUCAUACACCACAAUCAUGCAGUCUCGGAACAAGUUCUCGUGGAAAUGGUGGGCACCUACUAUCGCUUUGUUAGUAGCUAUUGCCUGGCAAGUGUCUCCGUUAAAGUACGGCCUCACAUAUCCAGGUGUCUCAGAUGUGGCUAAACGCCCAAUGUCUGGCAACACGAGCUUCAGUCUGGAUCUCUUGAAAAUACCAAUACAUGUCCUUACGGCAAGAACCGACGCAGAAAAGUUUCGAGCUCGACGGGAUCAUAUAGCCAGUUCUCUUGAAAGCACAGGUUUUCAGGAUUUCAGGUUUGCAUACGGAAUUUAUCGCCCUGAAGAUCCUAUCUACGCCUGCGCAUACGGCCAUGCCAUGUUAAUCGAGAAAGCACUUCAACGCCGUCCGUUCAUUCCAUUCCUUAUUCUAGAGGAUGAUGCUGUGCAUCUCGGCCUCGACACCACAAUUUCCAUUCCAAACGAUGCAGACGCUCUUUAUGUCUCUGUCAGCCGCUACGGGGCCGAAUUGUGGGGCACGGAAUAUCGGAGGGGAUCUUCUCCUGUCUACUUUUCCAACACGACUAUCCCAAACAUUGCGCGCGUAUACAACAUGCUGUCUACACACGCUGUGGUGGUUUUGAGCGAGCGCUUCGCAUCAAACUUAUUACGUUGCGCGGUUGAAGCCAGUACUCGGUCGUGCCAUCUUGAUCUCCUGGUUGCCUUGACACAAAAGUCAUAUAAUGUGUUUGCUCAGCAUGAGCCGCUGUUCUUUCAGGGUGAACAUCUUGGAGGAAACGAGGCUGCCACUCGAAGGAAUCUAGGUGGGACUCAUGUGCAAAACCAAAGCUACAUCCCGAGCUAUUUGACACGCCCGAGGUCUGUGUCUUCGGAUAUGGCUGAAGACCUGACUGGCCAUGAAGCUCCGAUUUAA